AUGAUAGCAGUACAUCUUGCCAUCAAGUACGCUAUGAUAGCAGUACAUCUUGGCAUCAAGUACGCUAUGAUAGCAGUACAUCUUGCCAUCAAGUACGCUAUGAUAGCAGUACAUCUUGGCAUCAAGUACGCUAUGAUAGCAGUACAUCUUGCCAUCAAGUACGCUAUGAUAGCAGUACAUCUUGCCAUCAAGUACGCUAUGAUAGCAGUACAUCUUGGCAUCAAGUACGCUAUGAUAGCAGUACAUCUUGCCAUCAAGUACGCUAUGAUAGCAGUACAUCUUGCCAUCAAGUACGCUAUGAUAGCAGUACAUCUUGCCAUCAAGUACGCUAUGAUAGCAGUACAUCUUGCCAUCAAGUACGCUAUGAUAGCAGUACAUCUUGGCAUCAAGUACGCUAUGAUAGCAGUACAUCUUGCCAUCAAGUACGCUAUGAUAGCAGUACAUCUUGGCAUCAAGUACGCUAUGAUAGCAGUACAUCUUGCCAUCAAGUACGCUAUGAUAGCAGUACAUCUUGGCAUCAAGUACGCUAUGAUAGCAGUACAUCUUGCCAUCAAGUACGCUAUGAUAGCAGUACAUCUUGCCAUCAAGUACGCUAUGAUAGCAGUACAUCUUGCCAUCAAGUACGCUAUGAUAGCAGUACAUCUUGCCCUACUUACCAGACAUGGCCGCGGUAUGACCGUAUUUCCAACACAAUUGGUAAAUGCGUUGAAUAAAAAGCUAUUACCAUUCCUUACAACAGCAACACAGAAACACUUCACUAUUCGAGAUCUAGAGCAUGGAUGA